AAAAUAGUCAAACAGCAAAAAAAUUGCUUAAUCAAAAUAUUAUUUUUUUUAUAUCCAUAUAUCUAAUACAAUGGUGAAACGAAAACAUUGAAAGCAAGAGAAAUUAAAAUCAAUUGCAACUUCCUCAAUUUUUUUUUUCUAUAAAAAUAAACGCAACAUUAAAAGUGCAGCAGCUAAUUUAGUAUUAAUUUUAAAAUAUGGAUACUGUGCACAACAUAUUUCGCGACAACUCGGACUCUUCAGAAAAUUCUAAGAGUUCUAAUUCUGUAUACAUUUUUGGUUAUGGCUCGUUAAUUUGGAACCCAGGAUUUGAGUAUGCUGAAUGUUUAACUGGAUAUGUUCGCGGGUAUUCUCGUAAAUUUUGGCAGGGAAAUGUAACUCAUCGCGGAACUGUCGAAAACCCUGGCAGAGUCGUUACACUAGUAGAAGAUAAAAAAAGUUUGACGUGGGGAUGUGCGUAUAAAGUAACGGGAGAUUAUGCAUUAGAGUAUUUAGAGCAAAGAGAAUGCACGUUAGGAGGAUAUGAAAUAAAAUACACCAAAUUUUAUCCUCGUGUAGCUAGUGAGUUUUCAGGUAUAAGUGGAGAGGCUUUUCCUGUCGUUUUGUAUAUUGCAACGCCGUUAAACAGUUACUGGCUAGGAGAUGAUAAACCAGAUGUGAUUGCAAAGCAGAUAGUUGAUGCUUCUGGAAAUAGUGGACAUAAUAUUGAAUAUCUAAUGAGGCUAGCAAUAUUUAUGCGCGAAGAAAUAUCUCAUGCCGAUGACGAGCAUCUUUUUACUUUAGAGAAACUAGUAAAAGAAGAAGUUAUUAAGCGAAGAAUAUGUAUAUAUUCAGUGAUGGGACAGCAGCCAGACAGGAUUCAAAGAGAUCAUCAUGAAACAUUUUAUCGGAAUGUCACAUUUGCCCAUUCAUCAAGAGUUCCUGAGAAAAAGCUUCGUUGUCUAAAUAUUUGAUUCCUUUUGUUAAAUUAAUGUUAAUAUUAUGAUAUUGUGUACAUAAAAAAUAUGCCUAAUUGCGUUCAUGUGAACAUAGAAAUAAAAAAAAUGUUAAUGACA